CUUCUUUCUGCCUCCUCUGGGUUGGUCUCUGGAGUUCCUGUGUGGCAGGCUGAGGUAUUCCAAGAAAUUAGAAAUGGGAGAGGCCUAGAAAUAUGGCUGGCCAUUCUACUUUGUGUUGGCGGGGGCACUGAGGGGGUGACCAACCACAGCGCCAGUAAUCUGUGUGUCAGCCCCCUCAUUCCAAGAAUGGGGUGGAUCUCUUAAAGGCGCCCCAUGUCCCACAUGCAUCCUGCUCCUUCCACCAAUUCAGGAGCAGUGUGACAAGCUAGUGAGUGACUCAAGUCUAAAGCAGAGCGAGUUCCAGGGCUUGAGCGCGGGAGCCAAAUGGAGCCAGGGACAUUCGACAGCUGCAGGCCGGAGCGGGGUACUAUCCUACACUCUGGGUGCUCGCUCCUCCUCCCGUCCCCCGCGCACCCCUGCUCUGGCUCUUGGAGCUCAACAGUCUUGCUGGGGCGCUGCAGCCAAGGAGCUACGCGCUCACCAAGACCCUGACGGCUGCGGGAGCCAGGGCGGCGUCCGCUUUGGUGAUACCAUGAAUGGCUCGGGAAGCCAGGGGACGGAGGACACGAGCCAAGAAGGUGGCGGCGGCUGGCAGCCCGAGGCGGUCCUCGUACCCCUAUUUUUCGCGCUCAUCUUCCUCGUGGGCACUGUGGGCAACGCGCUGGUGCUGGCGGUGCUGCUGAGCGGCGGCCAGGCGGUCAGCACUACCAAUCUGUUCAUCCUCAACCUGGGUGUGGCCGACCUGUGUUUCAUCCUGUGCUGCGUGCCUUUCCAGGCCACCAUCUAUACCCUGGACGAUUGGGUGUUCGGCUCACUGCUCUGCAAGGCCGUUCAUUUCCUCAUCUUCCUCACCAUGCAUGCCAGCAGCUUCACUCUGGCCGCCGUCUCCCUGGACAGGUAUCUGGCCAUCCGCUACCCGCUGCACUCCCGAGAGUUGCGCACACCUCGAAACGCGCUGGCGGCCAUCGGACUCAUCUGGGGGCUAGCAUUGCUUUUCUCCGGGCCCUACCUGAGCUACUACAGUCAGUCGCAACUGGCCAACCUGACGGUGUGCCACCCAGCGUGGAGCGCACCACGACGUCGCGCCAUGGACCUCUGCACUUUCGUCUUUAGCUACCUGUUGCCAGUGCUGGUCCUCAGCCUGACUUAUGCGCGCACCCUGCGUUACCUCUGGCGCACAGUCGACCCAGUGGCUGCCGGCUCAGGUUCCCAGCGCGCCAAGCGCAAGGUGACACGGAUGAUCGUCAUUGUGGCGGUGCUCUUCUGCCUCUGUUGGAUGCCCCACCACGCGCUUAUCCUCUGCGUGUGGUUUGGUCGCUUUCCGCUCACGCGUGCCACUUACGCGCUGCGCAUCCUUUCACACCUAGUUUCUUAUGCCAACUCCUGUGUCAACCCCAUCGUUUAUGCUCUGGUCUCCAAGCAUUUCCGCAAAGGUUUCCGCAAAAUCUGCGCGGGCCUUCUGAGCCGUGUCCCGAGGAGAGCUUCAGGCCGAGUGUGCAUCCUGGCGCCCGGGAACUAUAGUGGCAGCAUGCUGGAACAUGAGUCCACAGACCUGACACGGGUGAGCGAGGCAGCCGUGCCCCGUGUCCCCAAACCAGCACUUCCCAACUGCACAGCCUUGAGUAGAACCCUCGAUCCAGCCUGUUAAAGGACCAACGGGCAUCUAAAAGAUUCUGGACAGUGUGACCAGAAGAUACCUGGGGGUUAUGUUUGGAUCUUAACAGGGUUGCAGCUAAAGACCGAGGAUUGUAGGGAACCUUCUGUUAUUAAACUGCACAGAUUUCGAGAGUGGAGACACAGCACUUACAUCCUAGCAGCUGAGAAGUGGAAGCAGGAGCAAAGCCAACCAUCAAGUUUGCGGAGUGCUUGAACUACCUGAGAUCCAGUUCGAACAAUAGUAAAAAAUUUAAAAGGUU